AUGGCGGCUCCUCGCUGCAGGUUGGACCUGUGCGGCGUCGUGUGUCUGCUCCUCACGUACUUCAGCGUGUUCUACGCGGACUACGUGGUGGUUCGCUAUGUUCUCAUCCCCACGUUCUCCGGCAGCGUGUGGUGCAGUCUCCACGGAUCCGUCUUCAACCUGAUUCUGCUGCUGCUGCUGGCCUGUCACUCCAAAGCCGUCCUCUCAGAUCCGGGUAAGGUGCCUCUUCCCGACACGGCCCUGGACUUCUCAGACCUGCGCUCGCAGUCGACUCGGAUGAGCGAGCGUGGCUGUGAGGGCUGGACGGUGUGCAGCCGCUGUGAAACCUACAGACCUCCCAGGGCGCACCACUGCCGCGUCUGUCAGAGGUGCAUCCGCCGCAUGGACCACCACUGUCCAUGGAUCAACAACUGUGUCGGGGAACUAAACCAAAAGUAUUUCAUCCAGUUCCUCUUCUACACCGGCAUGGCCAGCCUGUACUCCAUGGUGCUGGUGGUGUCGGCUUGGAUCUGGCAGAUAAGGAACGAGAGAGGUGGCGACGCAGAGAAAGAAGGAGAGGAGACACCGAGCAAACACCUGAUCGUCGCUCACUACAUCAUCCUGCUGGUGGAGUCGGUGCUGUUCGGUGUGUUUGUCAUGGUUAUCUUCUACGAUCAGUUAAUCUCCAUCAUCACGGACGAGUCUCCGAUCGAGCAGAUGAAGAACAGACUGAUGAUCAAAGACAGAGGAGCCUCAUCUACCUCCUCUUCCUCCUCCUCCUCACAGCCGCCCCCCCACCCCCCACACACCCGCAAGCCCAAGAUCGCUCUGCUGCGGGAGGUCUUCGGACGAGGUUCAGUCUUCUUCUGGUUUCUUCCUCUCCACUCCAACCCUCCGUCCGUCGGGGGCGUCUCCUACUCGGCCCUGCCCGACUACGACGUCUGACCUCUGGUCUGUGAGAGAGGAUGAGGAACAGAUGGCGAGGAAGGUUCUGUGUGUGUGUCUGUGUGUGUGUGUGUUUACGUGCGAGAGUCAAUUUGCUGCCUAACUACGAUGUCUUAUCUCUGGAUCUUUGGCGACG